AUGGAUACUCUUCCCGUCGAGCUUUUGAGGCUUGUCUUCUCUCAUUGCGACCCAAAGUCGGUCAGGUCUCUUCGACAAGUCACUCGAAUCUUGGCCGAUGUUGGCUACGAGUACUUGCUCUCUCCCAAGUUCACCGCUGUUGGUUGGAGAAAUGAUAUAGACCGACUACAUUCUAUUGCACUCAACGACCGUCUGAGAGGAAGUAUCACGUCUAUUUGCAUUUUCCUCGGAGAGCUAUCAUAUUAUGAUGCUUGGAGUACAUCACCGUUUCAACACUUCAUCACACCCUCAGACCAACGCAAUGCGCUUAUGGGCUCGGCUAGACAGGAGUUCGACAGGAUCGAAAAGGGUCGCAAAGCUAUUGGCCCAUUGUACCUGAGGGCCGAUGACCUUCGAGAGGCAUGCUCUGCACUUCCAAAUCUCAAGGACCUGGAGAUUACAUUCACUCGAUGCCCGCUUGAAAACGACCUACUAAGGGAAGUUUUCGACUCUCCCAAUUGCAGGAAACUAGAUCGACCCCAGACAUAUAGCAAUUUAGACGCCAUCAUAUUCGCACUGCAUGGCAUUCCGUUACUAUCUUUCAAGGUCGAUCGCAUGCCGCUUGAGAUCUUCCGCCUGCCUCAUCAUCGAACACAUUGGUAUACGCAUGCUCAAUCUUUCAAUGCUCUACACAGUCUCAACUUGACUCUGGACCCAUCCGGGCUCCAGGGUCCCGGGUCAGCCUUUAGGGCUGUGAACGGAUUAGGCCGUAUCCUCCAACUCGCUAAACAGCUACGCAAAUUCAAGCUCGCGUUCCAUCCCUACACGAGCGAAAACUCCAAGUUUGCCCUAUCGUUCCGGGAACUAUUUUACGACUUCACAUACAAGCAGCUCACCGACCUGACUCUGGAAGGCGUCUCCUGCGAAGAGGACGACCUCAAGGACUUCCUCGCACGGCACGGAGCUACUCUACUCCGACUGCGCCUUGGUGGUCGGGGGCUUGCCAAACCUGUUGAGGUGUCACUUGGGGGGAUCCACCUAUACGAGGGGACUUUCAAAUCACUCUUCACAGGCCUACGCGCAAAAUUGCCCAAGCUGGAGCGACUCCAUCUCGAGGGUAUUUUCGAAUGCGAGCACCAGGACCUCCCCUCGCACGAAGCCUACAACUUCUACCCGCUGACUAACGAAAAUUGGGAGGAACUCCCUCGCCCCCGAUGGGUGCGAAGUUCACGCAGGACCAUCAACUGCCAGCCAUUUGAGCACUACGUCCUCUUCGGGGGGCCCUAUCCCAAGACUGCUCUGGUGGAGCAAGACGAUUAUUGA